AGGUAUGUCAGAGCUGCUGUGGCCGCUUCAGCUAAUGUGGCUAGCUUCAGCUUAGUGAAUCGGAGUGCGUACGACACAUCCUACAGCUAUGACUUAACGUUAGAGGCUCACAAACCAACACAAACAAACAAGAUGCCACGAAUAUAAAUCCGGACAGUCGCGUUUGAGCAGCAAGGAGCUGAUUAAUUUCUUCUGAGGCGAGGUUUGACCACAUCACUGUGACUUCACCUUUUUACAAUCAGACUUUUGGAGUUGUCUUUGGAGGCUAACUUGAACAUAAAAUAUCUGUCACUGCAGCACUUUGGGCACCAACAGGAAUAUUCAGAAUAAUCAUGAGCACCCACGAUUCAGAAGUGCACACCAUCUCUCCGGAGCUGCCAGCGAUGUUCGACGGCAUGAAGCUGGCGGCGGUGGCCACAGUGCUCUACAUCAUCGUCCGCUGCUUGAACCUCAAGAGCCCCACUGCACCCCCCGACCUCACCUACCAGGACACAGCCCUCAACCGCUUCCUUCUCAAGUCCUGUCCUCAGCUGACCAAAGAGUACAUUCCUCCCUUACUGUGGGGUAAGAGUGGUCACCUCCAGACGGCAUUGUAUGGUAAACUUGGCCGGGUGAGCUCACCUCACCCCAGUGGAGUCAGGAAGUACUUACCCAUGCAGGACGGGGCCACUGCGACCUUUGACCUCUUUGAGCCAGUGGGGGACCAUCGGACAGGAGAUGACGUCACCAUGGUGAUAUGCCCUGGUAUUGGUAACCAUAGUGAGAAGCAUUACAUCCGAACCUUUGUGGAUCACGCCCAGAAGAACGGUUACCGCUGCGCUGUGCUGAACCACCUAGGAGCUCUUCCCAACAUCGAGCUUACCUCUCCGCGCAUGUUUACCUACGGGUGCACAUGGGAGUUUGCAGCCAUGGUAGGCUACAUUAAGCGGGCGUAUCCUCAGACUCAGCUGAUGGUGGUGGGCUUCAGUCUGGGUGGCAACAUCGUUUGUAAGUUCCUGGGCGAGAACAGGAUGAACCAGGAGCGAGUGCUGUGUUGUGUCAGCGUCUGUCAGGGGUACAGCGCUCUCAGGGCACAGGAAACAUUCCUGCAGUGGGACCAGUUUAGACGCUUCUAUAACUUUCUCAUGGCUGACAACAUGAAGAAAAUCAUCCUCUCACACAGGCACAGUCUGUUUGGGGGAAACCCAGUUAAAAUGAUAGAUCUAGAUCUUGGUCGACUGUACACAGCGACGUCUCUCAUGCAGAUCGACGACAGCAUCAUGAGAAAAUUCCACGGCCACAGCUCUCUCAAAGAGUACUAUGAGAAGGAGAGUUGUGUACAUUAUAUCCACAAUGUAAACGUGCCACUGCUGCUCGUGAACUCUGCAGACGACCCUCUGGUUCAUGACUCACUGCUCACCAUCCCUCGCACACUAGCAGCAAAGAAGCCGAACGUGAUCUUUUCCCUGACACUACACGGAGGACACCUGGGCUUCUUCGAGGGCGCGGUGCUCUUCCCCCAGCCGCUCACCUGGAUGGACAAAGUGAUUGUGGGCUACGCCAACGCCAUGUGCCAGUGGGAGAAACAGAAACCGCCAUGCCAAAGUGGCCACCUGACUGAGAGCUCCUGCGCAGAGGAAAAAGCGUAAACUUCUGACCUCUGUAUCUCUCUCUCUCUCUGCCCUCUCACUUCUCACCCUCUCCAACACCACUACCCCAGCACUGAGGAUACACCUGAACUAAACCUUAAACUGCUCUCUCUUCUCUGCCUUCUCCUCUGGUGCUACUCACCGCUCCUAACCCAAACACGUCUCCACGCCUUCACCACAGUUCCCCUUUGUAAUCACAAUCCAUGUGAAGAAAAACAAAAACAACUAACUGCCUUUGUGCUCGUUUCCGUUGCGAAGACUUUGAAAUUCAGAGAAGGAACAUUUUGUUUCUCUUCAUGUACUCAACAAUGAUUCUCGGCUAAUGGAGGUGUAGACCAAAUAUGACAAGACAUGAAGUCAAGCUGGCAUUAAAAGGUGACGGGAGAGCUCCACUUUAGAGUAGCCCAGUGAAAAACAAGAGCACACAAGAAGCCUCCUAUAGUAAUCAAGGACUGUGCUGCAGUUGGUGCCCAUUUACUGCACCUGUAAGAAGCUCACUGCUUAUCACCGCCAAGGCCAUAUAGCCUAGUCUGCUGUCUUAACCAACACAGCGUCUUUUAGUAUGUAUGUAUGUAUGUCGUAUGACUGUAUGUAACUCACAGAUGUAGUAUGUAUGUCUGUGUGCGCUUGUGUAGACCGAGAGUUGGAGACCCGUGACGGAGCAUGUGAUCUUUGUGUUUGGUAGGUGUGAUCCAAGUUCCCUGUUCAUGGUCUAUUGGCCCUUUAUAAUGUCCGUUCUUUUGGGUGAACUGUUGCUCUGUUGUUUGUAGAAAAUGUACAGUGGAAAAUUAAGUAUUAUGGUGGGAUUUUUUACACUUUAUUUCCAGCUCAUAACAUCAUCUUGGCACUUGCGUUCGGCACUUGAAAUGAAAGCGUUCAGUCAGUGCUUACCAGAUAUGACCAGGGAUCAACCCCAGAGGGGAUCUGUGCACAUUCCCGUGGUCGCAUUUUAUCACUUUGAUUCAAUGCACUUUACACCCUGUAUGACACAAUCUUUUUUUCUUUUCUUUUUCUCCUAAUUAGUCAAAGUGCAGGUAUGGAGAUAAUUGAUGGUUUAGCUCUCCUUGUGACCAGGAGGAAGAACUGAAGGGAGCGAGGAUGAUAACGCAAAGUUAGAUGACUCAAAUGUUCCCGGUGUUGUUUGUCUUGGAGUCCUCUUACUCUUUCAUCUGCCUUUGAUCAGCUGCAGAUCCAGCCAAGACUCUGAUAUCCUGCUUUUACUGCACCGACCCACACGCUAGCACUACAUAUUUGGUUCAAACGUCUCCGUACACUUUUGCAUUUUCCAGCAGAUGAUUCUGUGGUGUCGGAUUUUGAAAAAUGCGGCUGCCUGAUUGGCCAAUUAAACGGAAGGUUCAGCAGUGUGAAGCAGAUUCUCUUAUAAUCUGAGCUGGGAGGUGUGAUGAGUAGGAGGACUUAGGAUGCCAACGCUAAACCAAAUGUUUAUUUUAGUGGAUUGUUUGCACUACUAGUAAUCAAACUGGUGUUUGUUAUAUUGUAUAAUUAGAUGGAGAACACUGCAUGCAAGAAAGAAGAGACAGAUUUUAAUCCAAGGGAAUAUUUUUGUUGCAAAGACUGCAUUGAAAAGCUUUUCCUAUUCUCUUCACUGGGCUGAGCGUUGAAGCUGUUGAAAUCUAUGUGAAUUGUGUCUUGAUGAAACCAUACUGCAAUAACGGGACCUGUGGACUUUUCAAAACCGGAAUUUAAUUGAGAACUUGUUGUGAACCUUGUUGAGGGCUUAGGUAGCUUCUUCCAAGGCAAAGUCCAGCCAAGUAAUCUGAACACUGUAAUGAGACAGGAUUGUUUGAAAUGACGAAGGGAUAGCGGUGAUUGACAGCAGCGCGUCUUGUUUAGGCUGUUUAGGCCACAGUUUGUGUCUUAUAAGACCUUGGUUUCAUACUAUUUGCAAGUCGUACCAUUUGUUUGAGUUGCAGGACAUUUGGCACUUGAGGACAGCUCAUAUUUGUCCGUGUCCGUUAGUCGUAACAUUAUGACUGAAGAAUAAUUAUCCAUAGCUUUGCAUUUCAUUCUUGACCUUUUGAGAUAUAAGUUUUAGGUUAUAUAGUAACCAAAUACCAGUAUUCUUAUUCUUUGGCUCAAGGAAAAUCUCACGACCACAUUUUAUGGAGAUUUGUCGUUUUUUGUCUCAAACUAAACGUUUAAUCAAUGCAAAUGCUAUGAAAUCCAGGUUUUAUUCUCAACAAUGCUGGCUUGGCUAAUAUUGAAAAUAGGGAUUUACCAAUCCAACGUCAUCGCUCUCAACUCAGGGUAUCUGCCAAUACCAAAUCCAACCUUUUUCCCAAAUUUGAAAUCUGUACACCUCACUGAGUGUUAUGUACUUUAAAAUCAAAUGAGAGCAUGGAAAGAGAAACACUAAGUUUUAUGAUUACAUUGACAAUAAAAACUGUAUUUAAUGUGGAUCAGUGACAUCAGGGCAGAUACCCUAUCAGUGCGUCUCUAAUUAAAAGUCUCGAUGGGUCUGUCUGAGCCGCCGCCUUCUUUCUCUACAAUUAUCACUGUUCACUGUUGCCAUCUGUUGUCAGGGAGACCAAACUACAACUGCAAACAUCCUCAUUCAUUGGCAGUGAGUUUAUAUUCCUGGUUCUCUGUCCACAGUCUGUCCAUUUCAAGAACAUCCGCUGUGCUUUGGAUUUAUUCUGGCUCGUUAAAACAUCAGAUGAAUAUUAAUGACACCAGCUCGAACCCAGUUUCUGCAGUAAGAGCCGUUUGUGUUUAUUUUAAGAUUUCUGCCUCCCGCCAACUUUGCACAAAAAUGCAGGUUUGGAUGUAUUUUUUGGAUGUGUUUUUUUCUAGUGGAUUAUUUGUUUGUUUUUUUGUAUUGUUUUUAUGACUUCUUGUGUUAUUUUCUUGUGCAACUGCGUCAGAGCGUGAGUGUUGAUGAGUAAACAUACAGUACAUGUCUACUGUCACCACCUCUGAUUGACAAAAACCAAAACUUCUUUAACAAUAAAAAGGCUAAAGAAAUAUAUAAAGAUAGUGUAUAUAAAAAUAUUUGAGGGGAACAGGAAUGAAAAAGAAAAGGCAAUAACCAAACAGGAGGGAUUCUCUUAUCAAUUCAAUGUGACAGGAAAUCGUGUCAAAGUAUGUUAGAGCAAGAUGUUGCAUACAUGAAGGUCACUUCUCGUGUGGGAUCUGAAAUGUUGUUUUACUGUGUUGAUACGAGAAUGUGCUCCUGUUGUAUUUUACCUAUCCCCAGUGCUUCAAGCAUCUUGUUUUCUUUUUUAAAAGAUUGUGGGCUCAUGUUUAAUUGCUUCGAAACUGAAUAAUUCAAAUUUCGAGUUACUUUAAAUGUGAAUGAAUCAAACAAAUACUCUGGAUUGGGAUGAACAUUGCUCAGUGUUGUGUUCCUCUUUAAAAUGAUUUUUUGAUUUUAAACCUCAUCUACCCAAGUAAGUGGAUGAGAGCCCACAGUUUGUUACCCUAAAGUAACCUUUAUACAGCUUUAAUUUAGUGUUUACAAACAUUUUGAUGCUUUAUUCAAGACGGUGAAGGGAUGUGGCGACAACUACAAGAAGGGGCACACAUAGUUACACAAUAUGAUGUAGUCUGAUAUUGAACACUGGGUCUUUUUGUUGAAGAAAAACAGUGUGUGUGUGUGUGUGUGAUCUAAUUAUGUGAGGAAAUAUGGUUAUUGUGUUCCAAAAUAAAUUAUUUUCUCAAAAGAAAGAAAA